GGGCUGGCUGCGCGGGAUUAGCGUCGGGCUCCGUGCGCCCUGCGGUUCAAACCGUGCCGCAGCCCCGGGCCGUCGCUUCCCGAGAAAAGUCGUGGAACUAUGUCGAAUAUGGAGAAACAUUUAUUCAACUUGAAGUUUGCUGCAAAAGAACUUAAUAGGAAUGCCAAGAGAUGUGAUAAAGAAGAAAAGGCUGAAAAGGACAAGAUUAAAAAGGCCAUUCAGAAAGGCAAUACAGAAGUUGCAAGAAUACAUGCUGAAAAUGCAAUCCGCCAGAAAAACCAAGCAAUCAAUUUUUUGAGAAUGAGUGCUAGAGUUGAUGCUGUGGCUGCCAGAGUUCAAACUGCAGUAACAAUGGGCAAGGUAACAAAGUCCAUGGCAGGUGUAGUUAAGUCUAUGGAUGCUACAUUGAGGAGUAUGAACCUUGAAAAGAUAUCUGCCUUGAUGGACAAAUUUGAACACCAGUUUGAAACGCUGGAUGUUCAAACACAACAAAUGGAAGACACAAUGAGUAGCACUACAACCCUAACAACACCACAAAACCAGGUGGAUAUGCUGCUUCAAGAAAUGGCAGAUGAAGCUGGGCUUGAUCUCAAUAUGGAACUACCACAGGGUCAGACAGGUUCUGUUGGCACAAGUGUUGCUUCGAUGGAACAGGAUGAACUAUCACAGAGACUUGCUCGUCUACGUGAUCAAGUGUAAUUUAAAGAACUGGUGCUUUUGUUUGCUUCACUUGCUUCUGAAACAUUCCUUGUGUGUGUAUAUAGAUAGCUGCACUCCAGUUACACUAAAAACACUAUA